UCGUGGCAGGGGACUCCUGGGGGAGGGGAGGGGUGAAGAUGGCGGUGUCGAGGAGGAGGUGAGAGCCACGGAGCGGCCGUCUCCAUGUCGUCUCACCUCGGCCGAGAGGCGAAGGCGUCAGCCGCGCUCGUCAUGAAGACUUACCUCCUGCUCAGUCUGCGCACGCUCAUCUCCGCCGUUGCCAAGCUCUACGCGUUACUGCUCAAGGCCUGGAGCUUCGUGCUCUACGUCCUCCGUCGGCAGAUCCGGACGAUUAUCCAGUAUCAGACGGUGCGGUACGAUCUGCUGCCCCUCUCGCCCACGUCUCGGGUGCGGCUCAGCCAGGUGCGGCGGAAGAUCCUGGUGCUGGAUCUGGACGAGACGCUCAUCCACUCGCACCACGACGGCAUGUCGCGCACCAUGGUGCGGCCGGGCACGCCGCCGGAUUUCAUUCUCAAGGUGAUCAUCGACAGGCACCCAGUGCGGUUCUUCGUGCACAAGAGGCCUCACGUCGACUUCUUCCUCGAAGUGGUGAGCCAGUGGUACGAGCUGGUUGUGUUCACGGCCAGCAUGGAGAUCUACGGCUCCGCAGUGGCCGAAAAGCUCGACAACAACCGCAGCAUCCUGCAGAGGAGAUACUACAGACAGCACUGUACUGUGGAGCUGGGCAGCUACACGAAGAAUCUGAUGGCGGUGCAUGGAGACCUGGCCAGUAUAGUCAUUCUGGACAACUCGCCCAGCGCUUACCGGGGCCAUCCAGACAAUGCGAUCCCCAUAAAGUCGUGGUUCAGCGACCCCAGCGACACGGCGCUCCUCAACCUCCUGCCGAUGCUCGACGCACUCAGGUUCACAGCGGACGUGAGGUCAGUCCUCAGUCGAAACCUGCACCAGCACCGUCUUUGGUGACGCGCGCUCCCCCAGCCACCGCCCUCCGACCUUGCCCCCCAAACAGCACCCCUCCAGCUCGGCCCCCCCCCCCCGUCCCCCCGCGGCCCCCUCCAACACCCGCGCACCAUCUCGUUGGCGACAGGAAGUCCUGCUGCUCGGCAUGCUGGGAACAUGGCGGCGCUGGGGCUGUGUCGACCGCGAAUUGCAAGGCGGUGGACUCCUUUUGCUGGACCCGAACGAUGAAAGAGCAAAACAAAAAACCUUACGUUACACCGCAAAAGUUUAAUUUUAUUUUGUUUAUCUCAUUAGGACAAUAACAUUAUAUAUAUAUAAAACUAUAUAUAUGUACAGUCAAUUGUAGCAGGAAAAAAAAAUUACUUCAUCCGUCUUGUUAAUACCUGAAUGAUUAAUUUUUUGUAUCUUAAAAUUGUAUUAUUUCCACGAUUUUUCCUUUCAAAUGAUGCCCGAUGAGCGAUACAUUUAUUUUUUCCUGCCUUUGACCCUCCCUGUCCUCGGCACGACCUUCAGUCCCGUCCUUCCCGUCGGUUCAUCCGUCCGUCCUCUCCCCUCCGUCUGCCAAAACCCCCCAGAGACAAUUCCUCGACUUCAGCGGUGCUUUUCCGAAUCCUCGGGCAUUUGCCGCGCCUCCCCCUCCCUCCACCUCGUCGGCAACGGGGAAUCCAAGCAGCCUCCUCGCCUCGCCCGGUCUGCGGUGGCGGUGGAGGCCCUGACUUUUUUUGGGAGGUUGCUGUGCACUACCAGCCGCUCCCAUGUACGCUCGCACGCGUGCGUGCGCGUUCGUCAGGGGUUGUAAAGUUUUCACGCAGUUCUCUUCGUCGGCAACUUUCCCCGGUCUGUCUCGGUUGCCCACCUGGGAGGAAAGAAAAGGAAUGAAGCAGGAAGGAAACAACACAAACCCCAUCCCUCGCGCUGUGUAUAUCAACGUACGUUUACUUUUUUUCCACGCAGCCAUUCGUAAUCCACGCGCGAUGUUGAGGGCUACGCCCGCGUGUUGAGCCUCUCCCCCCUCCUCUCGAGCGUUCGGCACGCGCCGUGCGACGGGCAUCUCCCCAGGAGUCGAGUUGAAGAUUGCAGGUGGAGUUGAAGCGAUGCCCGCGCGGGGGUGGGGUGUCGCGUGAGCUCCAGAGACGGAGUACUCGGAGCGCCUGCGGGCGGGACAAGCGCUGCGUUUGUACCAAUUGGGGAUUGAUGGGGGAGCGAGAGUCGCGGAGGAAAAUUUCGGAGAGUGUGGUUUCCGAUCGUCGCUGGGCCCCUGGGAGGGGGGGGAGGGUGGGACUGCGUUGUGUUUUUUUUGGCAUCUCUGUUGCGGGCUGUCGGUCGGUACGUGUCAUUAACCGCAUGAGAGCUCAUUCAGAACCGUUAAUCUUGUGUGUGCAUUGGAGACCCGGGUAACCACAUUGGCGUAGAGGGUUGGUUUUUCACAUUUGGCGGCCGCGCUUAAAACCUUGUCGAUUGGCACUUCCAGAGAGAUCUCGUCACGGGGUCUUCAGCAUUUUGAGGCAGAAAAUAUGAACGACGCAUUCGCGGAAUUUAUUUGACGGCUCUCGAAAAGGGGAACACAAACAUGGAGCCUGUUCUGCUUGGCCGCGGCGGUGAGCUUGCCGUGACCAAACAAGUGGUGCCCGGUUCCUACCCCCGACACGCACACGCACGCAGGUGCGAGUGUGGCGAGCGGCCCGCACCGCUGUCUCUGAGCGUGGGAAUCGGCAGUCCUUCGCUUUGCGCGUGUGGCUACCGGUUUCCGCUGUGAAUUUGCACACUCGCGCAUAGUCACACGCGUGUGCGUGCUCUAUCCUAAACCGUUACUGCUACAGCGAACCCACAAGAUCAUUCAGAGGAUUUUUUGAAUGUCAGUCGCAGGGUAAAAUAUCGAUCGAUCGCGGUCAACGUUUUGGUCAGCUGAGACCCUAGAAUCGUAAACCCUGACGAUGCGAAACCGAUUCAAAACGUUGAUUUGCUUUAGAUAGCUCUGGACGACGUGGCAAAUUUCCGAGUGCGUUUGUGCAACUAUGCGGUUCGUGUGUACGCAAGCAUACGCGAAAUGUGUAAAUAGUGGCGGGGACGAUCCGAGUUUGGAGAGCUGAACGUUAAAAGUAUGCACCGAUAAGCACUUACCUUUUAGUUUAAACUGUUGCCCUCGUGUCGUGUUAUCGGAUGAUAAGUGCACUAUCCCGAGCCCUCCAUUAAGAGGGUAAGAUGAAUGCGAGGCCUUUUAUUAAUCUGGGCAUGGCAUCGAUUUGACAACUUUCUCAAGGAGUUGCCAAAGAAGGGGUUCUGCAUGGAAUUCUGUACAACCGAGCUGGCCUAGCGAGUCUCGGAAAUCGCCUGGUGGUUUUUCCACUGCAGCACCCGAACCGUGCCGCUCACGUCGCAUGUUAAUACAUUUUUGGUAUUUUCAUAGACGAUUAAUAACCCCCUCCGCCCCUGGAACGGCUCGAUUCUGAGCAAGAUUCGGAUCUUUAGCGGGUGCCACGGUGGCGAGAUGUUAACUACCUCGCCUGAUAUACAGGAGGUCGUGGAUGCGAUCCCGACCUUGACGCCUGCUGUAUAUUUGGAGUUUGCGUGUUCUCCCCGUGGUCGCGUGGAUUUUUCUCCAGUUUGUCCCUCCACAUUUAGAAAAAAAAACGUCACGCGUUUAUAGUAAUUGGCUGCUGCUGUAAAUUCCCACCUGAUAAGCCACGUCAUUUGGGCUGUCAUUCGUGGCCAAGUUGCUUCUGAAAAACAGCUAUAGAACUCAGUGGGCCCUACGUGGUAAAAUAUACAUUUUUAAGUAGUUUGAAAUAGGUUAAACAAGGUUUCACGGUUUGGUUCGGGCGCGGCUCAACAGACAGCCAGUGGAAAAACCACCGGUACCAUGAGGGCCCCGUGCCGGUGCGGCUUGGUUGUACCAGUGGAAAAAGUAACAUCGAGGACAUCCGGAGUGCCCGGACAAAUGAACGUUGGAAUGGCUCUCAUGUGGUUAAAUAAAGGACGUUGAAUGAAUUAACAAAUAAGCUCUAAAUAAAGAAGUACAACGGUCAUCUUAUUUAUUAUUAACUAUGUCGUACCCAGAACGUCUUGACAGCCUCUUACAUACGCGAGUUAUCAUAAAACGAUAACCGCGCGUGCGCGCAGUCGCAAGACGUUAUCUACGAACGAACAUGCGCACGUCUGUACGCAUGCACGUACGCACGCACGCGUGCUGGGGUUGUGAACGUAUGCUGUGCGGGUGACCAAGAGGGGGGAGGAAAGGGCAGUCGCGAGCAAGCGAGCGAGAACGAAUGCACUGGUGCUAAUCCGAAGUCCGCGUCAAGUUCGGGUAUUUUUUUGUAAAACAAUGAAAUGUCGAUCUUGGCGACGGCGAGCGACGCGCUGCGAGAAUCGAGCGUCGGUGCGCGACGGCCGCCCCACCCCACCCCCGCGGAACUCCGUGAGCGAAAUGAUUCACGCGCGGGCAGAUCGCGAACGACGGACACCCAGCGGAUCGACACGCGGGGCACGCGUGCGCCGCGUACUUACGGAACGAAGCGAGGGGCCAGGUGGAGGAAACGUUUCCGCCAAACAACGCGGCACGACCCCUGUGGGGUGCGAGUCACGCGAUGGCCGCUUCCCCUAAGCUCCGCCAACUCUCGAGACGGCCCCGUCGACUUGACGCGAGAUUGGCGACCUGUGGCGGUCUAUUUGCACUUUUUCCCGCCGCCGCCGAUGAUGCUGGGGCAUCGACACGCGCCAAACGCUCAAAGCUGGGCCACACUGGUCUCAUUGAUUACAGCAGGUGUUUUUGUUUGUCGACCGCACCGCCGCCUCGCCACCGGUCGUCUGUGCCGCUGAUAGGUUCAGUUCCCGAUUCCGUCCGAGAUCGCAAGAUAAAAUCAGUUCCAGCAAUUACGUCCGUAAAGAACAAGCCAGCCACCCUUUGUAAACGUGCCUCCGCCACUGAACAUUUCCAUUUCGCGAUAUCCAAGUUAAUGUUGUUCUGGUUGCCAUUAAUUAUUGUUAACACGUUUUGAAUCAAAAUUUUAAGCAUCGGGUUCGAGGUUGCCGGAUAACCGGUCGCUACGACCGCUGGGUGGUUGCCUCCACCGCGCCGGCCGAAGCUGCCGUCCCGAGUCUGUGUGCCUCGGGUCAUCCACCUCUCAGUAUUUCUCUUCUCGUGCCCCCGGGCCGGACAGUUCUGUCCACGAUCGUGCUUUUUGUGUGCAGGCGGCGACGACGCAAACAACAACAACAACAAUGUUUUACUGGCCGCGAUUCCAGCAGCUAAGGUGGUGGCAUCUCUGAGAUGUGUUGGCGCGUAGUUUCACUCGCGCUUGCCCGCGGUCUCCCAAUGGCCUCUUCUCCGCGCGGCUCUCCCGGCGUACUUAUUGGGUUGCGUCGCGCGCUGUUGGGCAACGCUGUCCGUGGUUGUGUCCGCCCCCCACCUGCUGAGAACCUCAAUUCCUCAAGUCCACUCGAGUUACGGAACGCCGGACAUCGUGCCGAACAACGCACCUAUGUGGUCGUAAUCUCUGUGUCGACGGUUGCCCUACAGCUACGGACCGUGUAGCCCUUGCCCUGACUACCACGGGGAGGGGUGGGGGGGUUCUUUCCGGUUCCAAUAGCUUCCUUCUGCCGAUUACAUAAAACAUGCAAAGUCGUUGUUCAUCAUCAUCAGCUUAUUUAGUUUUAACAACCGUGUGGUUUUUUUGCAACCGGCUGCUGGUUGAGAGCCCCUGGUGCAGUCUUGUUAACAUUCAGGGAAGUUUGCAGCUUUUAAAAUAAGGAGCCAUUUGAUUUUUUUUGUUUUUUUUUUUAAAUCAGAGCUGCAGCUCCAAACCAAUCGCAAUGUAUUUGGACCCCAGUUGCGGUCGAUGGCGACUCGUCGAUUAGUUACGCAGUUGUGAUGAUUUCUUUUUUUACGGACGAGUGUUUAAGCCGUUUGCGGUGUUUUGUGGUUUGUAGGUACAUGAUGACUUUCAAGAAUUGGCCAGUGUGGUGACACGAACGAGACCAGGGUUCUGUAUCGGAUGAAAUGGUUCUGUAUCGGGUUAGACAAUUGUUUUAAAUUGGAAAUGCUAACUCUGUCUCAGAUGUGACGAGUGUACUUAAUUGCAUAGAGAUACCGGUUCUGUAUCGGACCAGACGAGGUUUCUCAAAAGACGAGACGAGGGUUGCUACUUAGGACGACAUGAAGAUUCCAUAUCGGAUUAAAUAGUUCUUUGUUGGGCGGGGGCGAGUGGAUUUUACUUGGGAUGAAAUUAGGGUUAUGUAAGUGACACGGUAAAAUAUUGUUAGUUGGAUGACACGAAAAUGCUGCAGCGGAUGGGAGGAGAGUUCUCUAUCGGUUAAGAGGAAGAACAUUGUGCAUCGGAUGGGAGCAGUGAAUAUGUUGGAUGGAUCACUGCAGCAGUGUGUGCGGCACAGCUGUUAAAUCCAUGCCACAUCUUUUGAGCAUCAUUCGCCCAGAUUAUAUAUAUAUUUUUGUUCCUGUUGAAUUAAUCUGACUAAUAGUUGCAGCUGUUAUUCUUUAUGUUAUCCGUUGGCAAUAGGGAAGUUCGUCGAUAAAAGUUCAUAGGGCAUUGCACCUCGCCGAAAGUGAAAUUAUUUGCUGUUGGGGAAAGAUGUGGCCAUGAAGGAUUCUAUCCCCUCCGUUCCCCCCCCCCAAACCCCAUCCUCGACACAGGAACCCAACUGACAGCAGCAGCAGCUCGCCCUUCAUAGAGUAACAUUGUAAGCCAUUGAGUGGUUGGGAGACAUUUAGAAGAAGAAAAAAACAAGAAAGGAAUGCCAGCGGUUGGGCAGCUCACGAAAAAUAAAAUGUCACUGCGCCAGGGCCCUGCGUCGGCAGCCCGGGAGGAUCUCCGCAAGGCCGAUCGCUCACGCCCCACUGCUGUCCGGAACGCAGCUUGUCAAAUAAUAAGAUGGCAUUUCAGGUUGUGGUGACCACACCCCCCCUACACCCCCACCCUUUUUCAGAAUAGAGAAGCUUCGUAUUUAAAUAUGAUAUAUAUUUUUUUCCUUCCAAUUCACAAGACAUUGUGUUGGUGAUGGUGGAACAUGUUGGUGGGCUCGGAAGAGUGGGGCCGCCGGGGUGUUAAGUCGGUGGGAUUUGAACUGGGAAAAGCCUGCUGGGUAGGUCCAAUUUGUCACAGUCUCUUUGUUGUGGUUAUUUUGGUCUUAGUUUUUGGUUUGGAAAGAGGAACACCUUUUGGGGGUAUUUAUAACGGUCUCGAUGUUUAAAUUUUAUUUAAUUUUUUGGAGGUGGGCUGCUGCGCGCCCGGGACAUCGUGCUCUCUACGAGGUUCCGUUGCUCCGUAUCGCCGUGGAGAGCCGCGGGCAAAGGCAAAACAAUCAGAACUACGUGCUGCGUCUUGACCCCCCACACAGCCCCCCCCCCCCCGCCCACGCACGAGUGAAAAGUGUUGUUAGUCCAUCUUCCUACCGGCUUCCCAGACCACCAGCAAUCAGGUUUGGUGAAUAAAUGCCAACUGGACGAUGUUGGUAGCAGUAGUUUAAACGAGCCUGACCGCUGAUUAGAUCCAGAAGGGCGAAACAGGUCCAGAGUUUGCUUCCUUCAAACAAAUGCUGCUGCCAGAGAAUAUUGGGCCGGAAAGCCGAUGGGCUGAUGGAAUUAUACGUGUUUUUGCUCAUACAGGUUUCCCCCGCUUUGUGCGGUCGAGUAGCGCGUAAAGUACACACACACACAACGUCCCACGUACGACUGUUUCGCCGCAUGUGGAGUGGAUUGAAACGGCGCAAUGUAGCGAAUUUAUGGGUAGAAAUAGGGUAGCCGCGUAUGCAGCGCGAAAUCGCACAAACCGAACCUUGCGUAAAGCGAGGGACACCUGUUUUUGGAGACGCAAAACGUUCCUGCUGAUCGUGAGGUGCUGUUCACAACUGUCUUAAGCGCUCUUGGUCCAAGUUCUCAACCAGUUGAAGCCAUGGCUCGGAUGCAUUUAUUUCUUAAAACGUAGACAAGAACUGGCUGCCUGUCGCAUGCUGGAGGAACAACAUAACGCCAUUUAUUUAUCUGGGAAAUUCUUCUCCGAGUCAUUGCGAUGUUUACCCAGCAAUCUUGAGUACGCGGAAGGGGGGGGACCCACUAGGCGUAACAAAGGGAUAACAUUCCACACACGUGGGUGCACGCGGCCACCUGCUGAGCUGCCAUGUUGUGCCCACCUUUCAUCCCAGAAUAUGUUGCCAUUUUACACAAGUCACCGCGAUACACCAACCCCUUUUCUCCAAGGCAGUCUGAAUCGCAGACGUGCUUUUCCAUCACCACCACCACCGUGUAUUCGUUUAAAACACGAUGGAGGACUGAUAAAUUUAUACUCCGGCUGCAAGCAUUGAGUGAACAAUUCAAGUGGCCGAUUUCUUGUCUUUAUAUAUAAACAACUCAAUGCGUUCAUCAGCAACGCUGCCGUGAAACAAAAAACAAAGGCAUAUAUAAUCGAGGUGAAAUUGCGCGCAAUGGGGAGAUCGUCUUUGCUAUGAAGGAAGAGCCAUUGCCCCAAACGUGUACUACACAGGUUAUAUUCCUUUUAGGCCGGUGCUCUUGAUGAAUGGAUUGAGUUGUUUUGUUAACCGUGUUUUGUGGACUGCGAUCAUCAUUUGUGUUUAGACCGGAGGAGGAAUCCGCUUAGCUAUGACGCUCUUUUUUUACCACAUGUCCAGUAUGGGUGGGUCAGUGCAUUAGCAGCAGCACCGUUUGUUUAAUUCGUGUCUUGACCGUGAGACGGGUCAGACAGUGGUGGGGUUAAAGAGCGCAGCUCGAGGUGGGCGUCUGGUAGUUGUCGCCGGUUGGCGGGCAGGGUCGGGGAAUGAUGAACCUCGCGAGAGUGCACAACGCGGCAUCCGCGAACAGGAUCGAUGCCAAUGUGGAAUGUGGGUGGCGUUGGUGGGUGGGGUGGGGGCUAACUCCGGAGAUCCCGAUUUUAGUUGUUUGAGUUUUUUUUCACCAACCCCCCCACCUCUCCUCCCCUCUGUACAGAAAUCCGAUUUUAGUUUUGUUUGGAUUUUCAGACCUGAGCAAAAAAAAUCGUACAAUUGUUUUGUUUCGCCGAAAUUAGUUUGGACCUAUUUCACACGUGACCAGUUAAAUGGGCUUUUUUAUGGCAGCCCCCCCCCUUGCCCCCCACAUCCCUCCUAUUUUUAAAAAAUUUCCCCAUUUUAUUUUAAUUUUCUCAGUCUCCCCGACUCCAUCAAAUGUAAUUAAACUUAACAUGUUUUAUGGAGGAAAAAAAAAGCCUGAUUAAAUUUGUAAAAACUG